AUGGCACCCUCAAUUUUGAAGAAGCGUAAAAGGGACGAUCAAUCAGCUACGAAAGCCCCAAAGAAAUUUCGCAAACAAAAGCAUUAUACAAGCUCUUCUUCCAGCUCUGCUUCAGAAAAUGAUGAUCACAGCUUUCCCGCCGUUGACCUCGCCGAUUCUGACGGAGCUGAUGAUCCUGAGACUGAUGCCUCAGAACCAUCUACUGCACAGGAAGUUUCCAAAUUUACUGACUCGGCAGAGCAAUUCUCAGACUCCAGUUACGCCUCCGAUUUCUCUAUCUCCAAGACCCCCUCAAAUACCCACUCUUCAUCCCUACCAAAGACAAAAUCCAAGCGAAACGAUCCGGCCGCUUUUGCGAAUUCUAUCUCCACAAUUCUCUCCUCAAAGCUCACGACUCAAAAGCGUUCCGACCCUGUCCUCUCCCGCAGCGUGACCGCAAAAGAAGCCAGCAAAUCUCUGAGUAAUAGCAAGCUCGAGGAGAAAGCAAAGCGAAAGCUCAAAGAAGAGAAAAGGGAAGCGUUCGACAAGGGAAGGGUGAAAAAUGUGCUGCUUGGCACAGGAGGAGGGGCUGGAGUUGUAAUGGAUGCUGACGGGAAGGGGGAAGGUGGAAUGAGUAUAGGAGAGCUACAGGAGCAGGAGAAACGGUUAAGGAAGACAGCGCAGAGGGGUGUGGUGAAGCUCUUUAAUGCUGUCAGGGCAGCGCAGGUGAAGGCAGAGGAAGCGAGAGCCCAAGGUGGUUUGAGAAAUCGGACGGAGGAGCGUGUAGGUGAGAUGAGCAGAAAGGGCUUUCUGAACAUGGUUGCUGCGGGUGGUGCAGGGAGUAGCGGAGGUAAGAAAAUGGAGGGUAAAGAGAUCGAGGAAGCGUGA